AUGGCCGCUCAUUCAACGCUUCGUCGUCGAGAAGAUCCUCUCGUGGCGCUGUACAACAAAUACACCAGUCUCGUUCGCUCCCGAAUCAAGCGUUCAUCAAAGACCACCCAAAUCAUCGCCACUAUUGCACUGAUCCUAUCUAUUUUGGGUUCCGGUUAUGGAGGCUACAAAUGGUUCAGCGAAAGGGCCAAAGAACGUGCGCGAGGAAGACGGCUGCUGCGUCGGAAUUCUGGGAUUCGAGGCAAGGAUGGCACUCGUACCAUCUAUGUGCCCUAUAAGGGCUCCAUGACCUCUAAGGUUGUAAUCCAUCCGACCAAACAGACGACUUUCGAUGCGCAUCGGCGGUUGUUCUUGAAUCCACCUGCUGCCGCCCGUGUCGGCGACGGCGAAUCAGUGAAUCAAAUACCACCGCCAACCACGAAGCCUGGGAUCAACCUUGCAUUCCUUCAUCAAUUUCUCAGCCUAGGGAGUAUCAUGGUCCCGAGAUGGGGUAGCAAAGAAACCGGAUUAUUAAUGGGUCAUGGGGUUUUCUUGCUCUUGCGGACGUACCUGUCUCUGUUGAUCGCACGGCUUGAUGGCGAGAUCGUAAGGGAUCUUGUCGCGGGCAAAGGGCGCGCUUUCGCUUGGGGCAUUCUCAAAUGGUGCGGGAUUGGCACACUGGCUUCCUACACCAAUGCCAUGAUCAAGUUCCUGCAAUCGAAGGUGUCUAUUGCGUUCCGGACCCGAUUAACGAGGUAUAUCCACGAUCUCUAUCUUACUGGCGAUAACAACUACUACAAGUUGAUGAAUCUGGAUGGCGGUGUUGGCCAAGGACCAGACCAGUUCAUUACCCAGGACCUCACGCUCUUCUGUUCUGCAGCAGCAGCUCUAUACUCGUCCAUGGGGAAGCCUAUGGUGGACCUAUUCGUGUUUAAUUAUCAACUGUAUCGUUCUCUCGGGCCUUUGGCCCUUACCGGUAUCCUCACGGGCUACUUCAGUACCGCAGCAGUUCUGAGGAAGCUUUCACCACCGUUUGGAAAGCUGAAGGCUGUGGAGGGAAAGAAAGAGGGUGACUUCCGGGGUCUACAUUCACGGUUGCUCGCCAAUGCUGAGGAAAUCUCUUUCUAUGGCGGCGCGGACAUCGAACGUGUUUUUCUAAUGAGAAGCUUCAAAGACCUUCAGCGCUGGAUGGAGGGUAUCUAUAGCCUCAAGAUCCGCUACAACAUGCUCGAAGACGUCAUUCUGAAAUACGCUUGGUCUGCGUUUGGGUACCUGAUCACGUCUCUGCCAAUAUUUCUUCCAGCCUGGGGCGGCAUGGGUGGUGCCCUGGAGCUUGUGGACGUGCCGAAGGAGACUGGUCGAGAACGCGAUCGCAUGAAGGAGUUCAUCACGAACAAACGUUUGAUGCUAUCUCUGGCGGAUGCUGGUGGCCGGAUGAUGUAUAGUAUCAAAGACAUCUCGGAGUUGGCUGGGUACACGUCUCGAGUCUACAGUUUGAUAUCCACCCUUCACCGAGUGCAUGCGAGUGCAUACUACCCCCCACGCAAUUCUCAUGCGGAGCUAUACUCUCUCGCGGAUGUACAAGGGACUAUUCAUAACGGCUUUGAUGGUGUUCGUCUCGAACAGGUUCCCAUCGUCGCGCCUUCAAUAUAUCCCCGGGGUGGCGAUGAUCUGAUCGAGUCACUGUCAUUCGUCGUGCACUCCGGCGACCACCUCCUGAUAUCUGGACCGAACGGGGUCGGCAAGACUGCCAUUGCCCGGGUUGUAUCAGGGCUGUGGCCAGUGUACCGCGGGUUGGUCAGUCGCCCCAGAGGGUUUGGGCUUGACGGCAUCAUGUUCCUUCCCCAGCGGCCCUAUCUCAGCGUGGGGACUCUCCGCGAUCAAGUAAUCUACCCCCACACUGCAAUCGACAUGCACGAGGCAGGUGUAACCGAUGCUGCACUGCAGAAAAUUCUGGACGACGCUCACCUAGGCUACCUCCCUGGACGCGAAGGCGGAUGGGACACUCGAAAGGAGUGGAAGGAUGUCUUGAGUGGAGGAGAGAAGCAACGCAUGGCAUUGGCACGAAUUUACUAUCACGAGCCUCGCUAUGCCUUCCUUGAUGAAGGAACCUCAGCAGUCUCGUCUGAUGUCGAGGGCCUGCUGUACCAGCGGGCAAAAGAGCGGGGAAUCACCGUGAUUACGAUCUCCACACGCGCAUCGCUCAAGAAGUACCACACAUACAACCUUAGCAUUAGUAUUGGCGAAGGGGGCGAGCAAUGGGAGUUUGAGAGGAUCGGCACCGCCAAGGAGAAGCUGGGAGUUGAGAAGGAGUUGCAGGAGAUACGGAAGCGGCUUGACAAGGUGGAAGAGUGGAAACAGCGUCGGGAGGAUAUUGAGAACGAGCUGCGCAAGGUCUGGGUGGAAGAAGGAGAGCUUUCUCCACCACCCUAUGAAUCCGACUCGGAAGCAGUUGAGGGGGAAGACGCCCCUUCUACUAUAAUGUCAAUCAUUAUGGAAGACCCGUCUUCACCAGACCAGCAAAAAAUGGUCGUCAUACCAAUCAACCGAACAUUCAGCGACGGCACCCAGGACAACUGGCCCAAAGAUGAGAGAUUUCUGCGACCAGACGAUGGUUACUAUCGAGAGAAGCUGGCCUCCAUGUGGCUGCAGAAAACGGGGGCUUAUGAGCGUGGAGUGGAAUACAUCCUGGACAGUCUGCCUGAUGGUUAUGCUCUAUUUGACAGACCGCGUAUUGCAAACCCCGACAUUAAGGCGGCUCAGAAAGACGAGGUCCUGGAAGGCCUCGGGGGAGACCUCCUGGGACUGGAACGCCGAUCCGAACCCCUGGUAGGCCACCGGGGAGGCCGCCUGGUCGACCUCCCGGAUCAAGCGCAAGCAAACCACCCGGAAGGCCACCGGGAAGACCACCAGGAAGGCCAGGACGACCCCCUGGGGACACCAGACGUGUUCAAGAUGGCCAUUAUGCAGCUCGAGCUACAGGGGUUACAGGAGAAGGACAUCACAGAGCCUGGAAGCAUGGACUGGCGCGCAGAGCGCUCACUACUCGACGAAUACAUCCAAAAGCUGGACAUGCAACCGUCCUUUCUGCCCCGUGCUGGAGAAGUCGUGCUCUGGACGCCAGAUUUCGAAGGCGAAUUAGCCUGGAAUCCCGUGAAUAACCAGAUCCAAAUAUACUUCCCCAGCGAGAAGCGCUGGCUGGGCACCCCAGAAUGGCGAGCAGGUAUCGUCAGUCAGGUCCCAGAAGAAGACACCAUCUUCCAAGACAUCGUCCAGACAUCCCCCAAAAAACAGAGCAUCAACUACUCAGGCUUCCGCGUCGAAACCUUCCCUGACCCCCACAGCCCUGACAAAAGCUACUCCCUGCACUACAAAUACAUCUACCUGAAAUCCAUCAAACCCUUCAACGCCUACGAACACUUCCUCCAAAAUAUCCCUCGCAAGAACCUCCACCCCUCCAUCGAAUACGCCAUGACCAUCAUGUCCUCCUUCAGUCUCCUAGACAAACACCACUUCAAAGGCAUCUGGCCCGACGCAUCCAUCUACAGCCGGGGGAUCUUCAUCGGCGCCGAGCUCCUCACCAUCGGCGACGCCGUCCGCCUGAAACCCCAGAACUACAACCCCAACAACCCGCAACCCACUCCCUCACCAACCGUCACCGACAUAAUGGUAAUCGAAGAGAUCCGCCUCGACCUGAAAGACUGCGACUCAGACCGCAAAUCCAAGCACCUCGCAGAGAAAUACACCAUCCGCAUCCGCGGCAAGAUCUACACCCCCAGCGACCGCCGCAUCUACCUCACCAGCAACACCCUCCACCCCAUCAAACCCCUCACCGCAGACGAAGUUGUCUCCGCCUUCCACUACGUCGGCAUGAGCGGCUACGGCGACUGGUACCGCAUGCACCCCGGCGCCAUGGUUGACGUAUCCCAGGACAUGAUUCUCGGCCGACUCUACGAACCCGACACCCUGCAACUCAUGUUCGGAUCCCUAUCCCUCGGAUACGAUCUGGAUGGUGUGCUCCGCGGACGGGAGUACUCCCGCCAAGCAGACGAACGCAUCCCAGAGGGGCAGAAAUGGUUCUGGGGCGAUUUCCGCACGCAGACGCUUGCGAUUGACUCGUUGAAUGGAGAGGAUGUGGGACACUAUAGCGACGCCAGGGAUAUGAAGAUGUGGAGGGCGAAUCUUCGUGUGUUGGAUGGGGUGGCCAAAGCGGCGGAUUUCAGGGAGGCCAAGAUACCGGGCGAUGUGGGACGGCCGUCGACGAAGUCCAGGUCGAAUUUCGCCAAGGUGGGGAAGCUCAGUAAGCUUGUUAGUACGGGGUUGGGGGGUGCGGAUUUGAGUAACCCUGUUAGUGAGGCGGAGGAGGGGACGAGUCGGUUGUCUGUCGGUGAUGAGGAUGAUGAGGAGGAGGAAGAAGAAGAGGAGGAGGAGGAGGAGGAGGAGGAGGAUUUCUCGCUCCGUAUGGAUCAGUUGCGCGGCGGGACAGAGGAAACCGAAGAAGGGGACUAUGUGCCUGAUAAAGAGAGGGAACGGAAGCGAGUAAGACAUGAUGAUUGA